UUGCUUAAAUUUUUUCGAAAGUAGUAUGGAAAAAAAUUAGGAUGUGAUAUUUGUCCAUAGUUCGUAUAAGUUAUACGCUGUAUUCCUUUUGUUUUUUCAAUUUAAUUUUGUCAGCAGUCCUCUUUUUUUCUUAUUUAAACAAAGGCCAUCAACAUAUGUUUUAAUUAUCUAAUAUUCCCAAUUCAUAUUUCAUUUUGUUUGCAAAUUCUUAGGUACGAAUCAAAGUUUAUCAAGAAAAUUGUUAAAGUGAUUGGAGACAAGUUAAGUCGCAUACUAUUGAGUGUUGAACCAAAAUUGAUUGGAAUCCAAUUUCAAGUCGAACGCAUCAAUUUUUGGUUACAAGAUGGAUCAAGUGAUGUUGGUAUACUUCUUGUGUAUGGCAUGUCUGGAGUAGGGAAGACAACCAUUGCAAAACAUGUUUACAAUUCAAAUUUUAGUAGCUUUGAAGGAACUAGUUUCAUUGAAAAUAUCAAAGAAAGAGCAGAUCGACCAAAUGGCUUAGUUCAAAUACAAAUGCAACUUCUUUCUGAUAUUUUGAUCGGUAGAAAAGUGGAAAUACAAACUAUUAGUGAGGGAAUAAUUAAGAUUGAAAGCACCAUAAGCUCUAGAAAAGUUCUACUUGUCCUUGAUGAUGUGGACCAUAUGGACCAAUUAGAUGCAGUACUAAAAAUGAAAGAUCGGUUUUAUCCCGGAAGUAAGAUACUUAUAACAACUAGGCGUGAAAGGUUGCUAAAGGCAGAUCAAGUUACACAGGUGCACAAAGUUCAUACUUUGGAUUACAAUGAAUCAUUACAGCUUUUCAGUUGGCAUGCUUUUGGCCAGGAUCACCCCCUUAGAGGUUACAUGGAAUAUUCAGAAAAGGUUGUACACUACUGCAACGGACUUCCAUUAGCUCUAAAAGUUUUGGGUUCUUCUUUAUCAAGGAAAAGUAUAGGUGUAUGGGAAAAUGCAUUGGAGAAGCUAAUAGUUAUUCCUAAUGGUGAAAACAUGAAUAAACUAAGAAUAAGCUAUGACAGUUUAGAUAAGCAUGACCAGGAAUUAUUCCUCCACAUUGCUUGUUUCCUAAUAGGAAGGGACAAAAACUACAUUGUUAGAAUACUCGAUGAAUGUGAUUUCUAUACAAUUGUUGGCAUUCAAAAUCUCAUUGAUAGAUGCUUGGUGACAAUUGGAGGAUGCAACAACAUGCAAAUGCAUGACAUGAUUCGUGACAUGGGGAGAGAAAUUGUUCGCCUAGAAUCAGAAGAGCCUGAGAAACGUAGUAGAUUAUGGCGCCAUAAGGAUUCUUUCAAAGUAUUGAACGAAAAGAAUGGUACAAAAAUAAUCCAUGGUCUUGUCUUGGAUAUGCGUAUGCAUCCUGCACACAGUCCAAUAAACACAAAUGAGACAAUCUUGGAAACCAAUGCAUUCGAAAAGAUGCCCAACUUACAGCUACUCCAUCUUAGUCAUGUACGACUGGAUGGAUGUUAUGCAGAUUUCCCUACAGGAUUAAGAUGGUUGUGUUGGUUUCAAUUUCUAUUGGAUUCUAUACCAAUUGAUUUUCCUUUGGGGUGUCUAGUUGUUCUUGAAAUGCAAUACAGUAGUUUGAGACAAGUCUGGAAAGGAACAAAAUUUCUUCCAUCGUUGAAGAUCCUUGACGUCAGCCAUUCCCAUGCCCUCACUGAAAUAAUGGACUUCUCACUUUGCCCCAAUCUAGAAGAACUGAUUCUUGUAGAUUGCACAAGCCUGAUUGAUGUUCAUGAAUCCAUUGGAAACUUGGAGAGACUUGUGUCCUUUAACGUGAAGGAUUGCAAGAAUCUUAGGAUGCUUCCGAAGAACAUGUGUUUGCUUGAAUCACUUGAAACACUCAUUUUAUCUGGUUGCUCAAAUCUUGAUGAGUUAACAGUGGAGAUUGUAAAGAAGAUGGGGUCUUUGAAAGUUCUUGAAGCAGAUGGAAUUCCAUUAAGUGCAUUAUGGCAACAAAGAAGUUCAACUAUCACAAAUUCAGCAGAGUGGAUCUUUUUAGCCACUAGCCUUUGCAUGGAGAUUUUAUCAGCUGCUUGUGAUCAGGCUUCGUCCCCAAGUGAGCCUCGGUAUGCGCUGUUCGGUAUGCUCUUGGCUUUUGCAGCUCUGCUCACUUGCAUAUGGGAGCUGAUUUACAAGGGCAUGAAAAAAAAUGUGGUAUGGGGGAAGAGGGGAUGUCACAUGCUUUUUGGUUCUGAUAUUGAACUUUUUGCGUUAGUCGGAGGCAUCGCUCAGUGUGUUUGCUCGAUAAUUCAAUACAUUUAUUACAUCCGGCGUGCUGAUAAUCCUAUCAAAAUGUCCCUUUUGCCUGCCAUCUUUCUCAUAUGUUUGAUAGCUACGAGAUUAAGCAGGAAACGGAUGCAAACCACAUAUGAGACCGGUGAACAUACAGCUUAGACAAAGAGUGAUUGGUAAGAUGUGCUCGUUUGUUUGUAGCCUAAUCAUGUUUCAUAAAAGCAUACGGAGAAUUAUGCUGUCGGUAUGAAUGACGAUUCUUUAUAAACAUUUGUGUAAUUUGUUAACAAUUUAGCCGAGGUUCGUCUUCCAGACACAGGACCAGGCAAGAGUUUCAGAAACUUCAGGUUAGACGUA